AAAAUUAGAAAUUUCAAAGCAAGGAAGGGACUGCAACGAAAAUGUUUCUCCAUUUUGGAAUACUACUUCUUCUGUCCCAAGGACUCCUUGGCGAAGGGGACGUUUCGGAAGCAAUAGAUGGAGACAGCCGAAUUAUAGGUGGCAAAGAUGCCACUCCAGGCAUGGCUAACUACCAAGUUUCAAUUCGUGAUCAUACAGGAUACCGAGAAUGGCACAGUUGCGGAGGGUCUAUUAUAAAUGAAGAGUACGUCUUAACAGCCGCUCAUUGCAUUUUUGAGAAAAACAUAAAAGACAUGUCAAUAGUCGUUGGCAGUCAUACGAUCAAUAAAGGCGGCGACCGAUACAAGAUUAAGAAAUUGAUCCGUCAUGAGAAGUAUUCUGAGCCGGUUUUAAAGAAUGACAUAGGUGUCGUACAGAUAGAAGGCAAAUUCAAAUAUAACGAUAAGGUUCAACCCAUUGAGUUGUUAAAAGAAAUGGCACCCAUUGGAAAAAAAUGUCUCUUUACUGGCUGGGGAUAUGAUGACCUUAGAGAUGAAACUGUACCUAACGAUCUUCAAAUGUUGGAGUACGUAACAAUAAGCAAUGACGACUGCACUAAACAAUUAAAACGCUCGCCUUACCCGAAAUUGGUGCCCGUAGACAGGCCCGAACAACUCUGCGCUAAGCGCCCGAACCACAAAGGUGCAUGCUAUGGUGAUUCUGGUGGUCCUCUCGUCAUUCAGGACGAGAAGAACAAAACUGUUCAAAUAGGAGUCGUGUCCUGGGUAGUUCCCUGCGCCAAAGACUUUCCCGAUGUAUUUGCUUCAGUCCAUGGUUACUACGAUUGGAUACAGGGCAAAAUUAAAUGAAUUACAUAUUGAAUAAUUCAAGACAUCUGAUUAAAAU